AUGGCAGAGGGGCUACCAAGACAACACUCCCCGAAAUGGGAUAUAUUUCGAAUGGAUCACUGGCCACAGAAAAGAGAAGAUCUCAAAAGAGUCAACCAGAUUCUUCCUAAAAUUUUAAAAGUCUUGACCUACAUCUUCAUGGUGCUUAUUAUCACCACCGGAGUGGUCUUUGCCAAAGGUGGUCUACAAGUUUUGACUAGUAUCCUAGGACAGCACAACAAAUUCCCUAAUAGAACUGUGAAUCAGGAUCUGAUAUCUUACUUACUUUUCUUCUCAACUAUUACCCCUGACCUCUUAAAUUGUCUAAAUGAAUUGUGGAAAGCUAUGCUAGGAAAUAGAAAAACGGCUACUUGGGAUAUUGCAAUGAAGAUAAUAAUUAGAGAAUGCUUGCAUUCUUUUGGCUUGGCUGUUCUUAUUUUUCUGGUUCUUCCUUACAUGGAUCCUAUACAAGCAUGUGUUGUUAUCAACGCCACUACAUUCCUCCCAGGAUUUAUUCAUAUGGUCAUGUACUGCAGAGGAAAAGAAGAAGAAAAGGGAGAAAUAUGCAGAAAGAUUAAAAUUUUUCUGAAUAUUAUAAGCUCCGUGGUCCUACUUAUAUCACUUGUAAUACUUUUGGUUUCUGUUGGUACUUCAGAAAGAAAGAAUAUACAUGCACGGGAUCCAGACGUUGGGGAGCUUUUGGUAUGGACGAUUGUAUCUAUUCUUACAUUAUCUAGUCGAUGGAUCCCGCAACUGCGAAACAAAGAGGAUGAGAACGAAUCAAUAAACAGGGAGGAAAAUUAUGCAGUUAUUAAAUUCGUCUCGAGGUUUCUGAGGAUUUGCAUAACUGUUGCUUUAUUUUGGACAAUACUCUGCCCGGGAAUUCGGGAAAUCAAAGAUGUUUAUCGCAUGUUCAUGUCAACAUCAAAAGUGGAAGGCCUCAUUCCCGCCAACUGCACAAUGUCUCCCAACAGAACAGUCAUCUCAUCCCACCAAAAGUACAAAAACAUCUCAGCAUGUGUGGAUGAAGGCAUCCCUCUCUGGGAAGUCCUUGGUCCAUUUCUGGCACAUGUCAUCGGAGCAAUAUUGACAAUGCAUGUCGGAGUAUUAGCCUGUAGACUUCAGAUGCAGAGAAUAGGAUAUUCAAUCCCUCUUUCCAUAGCUUCUCCCAUCUAUGUUAUCUUAGUAGUUAUAUUGAAGAACGAGGAAAAAGAUUUCAUCUACCGAUAUUUUGAAUUUAUGAAUAACAGUACGAAUUGGAUACUGUUCUUUGUUUUUCUUGUGGCUUGGUUAAGUCAACUAAAUAUGGUUCAGCAUAUUUGGGAGGUCCAACACGGAGAAACUCUUUUUUCGGCGAACAAGUUGUUUGUCUUUCCAAAUUUCUGUGGUCCAUUGGUGGAUCUUUCACUGCUGCACAGUAGAAAAAUAAGACGGAAGAAAGAAUUAGAAAUUUAUGAUGACCCUGAGAGCACUAAAGUCUUCAUCUGUGCUACAAUGUGGCAUGAGAAUAGGACUGAAAUGAAACAGUUACUGUCUUCAAUCUUCAGGAUACGUGAUGUACAGCGGAACUAUGGAUUUGAAGCUCAUAUAAUGUUUGAUGAUGCCAUGGAGACUUCCAAAAUGGGGGCAAAUGGACUGGAUCUUAAAGAGAACGACUUUGUCAGACAGUUCAUGGAGGUUGUAGAAGAAGUGGGAAUGUAA